AAAACCUUCCAGGAUACCUUGGAUGCAGACACAGCUGGGGCAACAGGGUUGUCACGAGCAUCGCCUGUAUACGCAGCGCCGGGGACGUGUUGCAAUGCCAAUUAGCCCCGUUUUCGAGACAUGCAUUAUUUAAUUAGCCUACUUUAGUCUUAUUGCGCGUGUUUGAUUUAAUAAUGUGUAGCUUGAUCACCGGACUCGAUGUCUAUGCUGCAGAGCGAUACACUGCAGAAUCACACUGAGGGUCAUUUUCUGUUUGUACCAAUGCAACCAUUUUUUGUGUGCCAAAUGCAUCGUAUUUUUUCCGAGUUUGUGACUGAUCUAUGAUCUGAGCCGUUCUUAGUCAUCACGUGACGCAUCUUAACUCUCGCAGGACGCCAUGCUGACCAGCAUCACCGAGGGGAUCCUGUGCUGUUUGACAGGGAAGACAGGCAGCCUGGUCCUCCCCCUGACCUCCCAGUCCGCCUGCCCUGAUGGCUUCCACUUUGUGGAGGUGAGACCGGGCAGGGUGCUGAGGGUGAGACACAUCCUGCCGGAACGCCAGCCCCCCGCCACAGACCAGCUGGGGGGGGAGGAGAAGGAGGAAAGGGAAGAAGGGAGGAAGGAUGAAGGGGAGCCAGCUGACAGUGCUCCCCCUGGUGGCAGCAGGGUACACUGCAAGCGUAAGAUCACUGUGUACCGGAACGGGCAGCUGGUGAUAGAGAACCUGGGAGACGUUCUCCACUCAGAGAUCCUGCAGGGUCAGGAUGGAGACCUGGAGCCCUGCAGCACCCUGGAGGUGGAGCUGGCAGACUACCGGGAGGUGGCCUCCUCGCCGGACCCCCGGCCCGCCCCACCCCUCCCAGCGCCGCCCGGUGACUCAAAACCGGUUCCCCCUCCGAGACAGCGCCGGCGCAAGCCCAAGCGUACAGUGCUGAUCGACUCAGAGAGGGCGAUCUCCAGCUGCAAGGGCACGCACGCCGACGUGGCGCUGUUCUUCGUUCACGGUGUGGGCGGGUCCCUGGAUAUCUGGGCCAGCCAGCUGGAGUUCUUCUCUCGGCUCGGAUACGAGGUCGUUGCCCCGGACCUGGCCGGCCACGGUGCCAGCAUCGCCCCGGAGAUGGCGGCGGCGUACUCGUUCUACGCGCUGGCGGAGGACAUGCGCGCCAUCUUCAAGAGAUACGCUCGCAGGCGCAACAUCCUGAUCGGACACUCGUACGGGGUGUCCUUCUGCACCUUCCUGGCUCAUGAGUACCCUGACCAGGUGCACAAGGUGGUGAUGAUUAACGGGGGGGGCCCCACAGCGCUGGAGCCCAGCCUGUGCUCCAUCUUCCAGCUGCCUCCCUGUGUGCUGCACUGCCUCUCCCCCUGCCUGGCCUGGAGCUUCCUAAAAGCUGGGUUUGCUCACCAGGGAGCCAAGGAGAAGCAGCUGCUGAAGCAAGGCAACGCUUUCAACGUGUCUCCGUUCGUGCUGCGUGCCAUGAUGAGCGGUCAGUACUGGCCAGAGGGGGAUGAGGUGUACCAUGCCGAGCUGACCGUGCCCACGCUGCUGGUGCACGGCAUGUGUGACAAGUUUGUGCCCAUCGACGAGGACCAACGCAUGGCCGAGAUCCUCCUGUUUUCCUUCCUGAAGGUUAUCGAGGACGGCAGUCACAUGGUCAUGAUGGAAUGCCCCGACACCGUCAACACCCUCCUCCACGAGUUCUUCCUAUGGGAGCCCGACAUGUCCAAAAAGGACGCCGCCAAAACCGACCCUGAGAACGCUGUUGCCGUCAGCAACGGAGGUGGUGCUGUGCAGCCGGUGGACAAAUAAACAACCGAUGAGGAUGCUUGUUUUAUGGUGGGAGAAGCCACACAGAGGGCCUGUGUUUGGCAGGUGGUUUGCUGUCAGGCUGAAGGCUGGGACGUCCGGAGAGGCUGGUGACAGGAUGAGAUCCUGGACUAAGAGAGGGAGGCACCGAGGACAGAGGAGACCCAGGAGGGAGG